UCUCUUGCAAUAAAGCGCGUGUUCUACACUCGUCGUUGUAGCCAUUUCUGGUACACUCCACUCUUCGAGCCGAUCCACACUUUCCACCCUUCUCUCUAUCUCAUCGCAGGUAACUAGGGUUUCUAAGCCGCUUCACGAAUCGUACAUUCCUGGGUCUGGUUGGUUUGACGGGAAACCAAAGAGAAUUUUUUUUCCCUGAUAGAAACUUAAGAAUCGAUAAGUAUUUAUUUUACAAAUUUUGAUGUCAAAAGGAGUCGAAUUAUUCUCUUAACAGGAGUUAUUUUAUUGUUUAUAUAUCAGGAGUUAUUUUCUCAGGUACAGUAAUGCUGAAGCAUGUGAACAAAUCAAAGGCGCCGCAUGCAAUUCAAAGCUACAGGGUCCCAGUUCUUAUCCCUUCUGUAAUUCUAAGCCUUCUAGUUGUGAUUUUCUUCUUUCACAAUAAUGGACAAAAUCUUACUUCUUUACCCUCAAUUCCCAGGGAGAAGUCGGAAAUUUUUGACUCUCCAAUGCAAUUUAACCCAUCUGUAGAGUUCAGGAAUGGAACAGAUUUGAUAUGGCAAAUACCUGAUUCUCCCAAGGCACUUCUGUUUGUUGCUCACGGAUGUAAUGGAAGAGCUGUUAACUUCUGGGAUCGAUCUCCCAGCUGCCCAAAGUGCAUUGGCUUGCCUGAGGAAAGGCUUCUAGUUCUUAAUGCUCUUUCUCGGAAAUUUGCUGUUGUUACUGUAUCUAGCGCUGGCAGAUGCUGGACAUAUGGGAAGGAAUUAUCUAUUGUUAGAGACAUCAUAAGAUGGUGGGUUGCAAAAAACAAGCUUGAAAGGCUUCCUCUUGUGGCCUUAGGAGCUUCUUCUGGUGGAUCCUUUGUGUCUGUGCUUGCAACUAUUUUGCAGUUUAGUUGUAUUACACUCAUGAUUGCUGAAGGGAUGUUUGAUCAAAUGGAUAUUACCAAGGAUUAUCCACCUACCCUUUUCGUUCACAUGCCCAAAGAUUUGUAUAGGCAGCAAAAGAUAAGUGAAUAUAGAAAAGUUCUAAGGAAUAAAGGAAUUGAUGUUGCUGAAGUCGAAUGCAUCCAAUUUCCCUUGACGCCAAGUUUCUUGGCCGAAAGAAUCCCAGGUCUUGAUCGAACAGCCUCUGCUCAGUUGUUUGAGCUAUUCCGAGACAAGGGCUUUGUAGAUGAGAAUGGGUACAUGAAGAAGGAUGGACGUGCAACACGUUGGAAGGAUUCUCUCCGUAAAAGUAAGAAUCAAUUGCUGGAUACAAGUUUGUUUCAUCAUGUUCAGGAGGAGCUAAAUCUUGCUUUUGCAUACCAUGAAAUGACAAGCUUGCAAUCGGAGCAGAUCUUUAAAUGGUUUGAGUUUCAUAUGAGCUAAUCAGUGGUUCAAAGCUACUCAGGGAUUUCACCAUGUGUCGCAUACCGUCCCGUCUUCAUGGUUUGUCUCUCAUUCUAGCCUAUAUUUUCUAAAUUUGAAACAUUGAAGCAAUAUAAAUAUGCAGUAUAUAAGUGAUGUUUCAAACGAAUCCUCUGUUAUCAUUGCAAUAUUCUGGAGUAUUUUCUUGUCUCAACAUGCUAUGUGAUAGGUAAAUUGAAGAGUGUAACAAGUGAAAUUCAGAAUGGAGUUAAGAGAUGCGGGUUUUUAUAGUCAUAAAAAAA